AGAGCGGCUCGGCAUGCCGUUCUCCACAUCUCCAUAAACUGGCGACCGGAGCACACGGAAGACAGACGUGUCUUAAUCCGGAGUGAGCUACAUUUUGCCAAGCCUUCAUUUCUGUGGGCCGUAGCGGAAUACAUGCACCAUGACGGGACCAGACAGUAAAGUUUUUAGGGGGCUGAUUUCCCUCGCUUGAAAUCAUCCAGCUGAGGCUCAACUUGGGAGUGUGAAAAUCUGGAAGUGGAGCCGGCUUGGAGAUGAACUUUGGACAUCUGCUGCUGACGUUGCUCACCUUUACUACCAUUUCAUCAGGGUCUCGCGUGCGCUUUGAGGACAGCGCCCCCCGGAUUUUGGAGGACCCGUCGGACCUGAUCGUCUCCAAGGGGGAGCCGGCCACCCUCAACUGCAAGGCGGAGGGUCGACCCGCUCCCGGUGUGGAGUGGUACAAAGACGGCGAGAGGGUGGAGACGGACAAAGACGACCCCCGCUCUCACCGCAUGCUCUUGCCCAGCGGCUCGCUCUUCUUCCUGCGCAUUGUGCAUGGCCGGCGCAGCAAACCGGACGAGGGCGUUUACACCUGUGUGGCGCGCAACUACCUGGGGGAGGCCAUUAGUCGGAACGCUUCGCUGGAAGUUGCCAUCCUGAGAGAUGACUUCCGGCAAGCUCCGAGUGACGUGGUGGUGGCCGCCGGGGAGCCCGCCGUCCUGGAGUGUGUGCCCCCCCGUGGUCACCCUGAACCGCUGGUGUCCUGGAAGCGCAACAACGUCCGCGUCAACACCAAGGACGAACGCAUAUCCGUGCGGGGAGGCAAACUGAUGAUCUCCCACACCAGAAAAGGAGACGCGGGCAUGUACGUGUGUGUGGGCACCAACAUGGUGGGAGAGCGCGACAGCGACCCCGCAGAGCUGGUGGUCUACGAGCGCCCCGUGCUGGUGAGGAGGCCCGUCAACCAGGUGGUGAUGGAGGAUGAAACCGUGGAUUUCCUUUGUGAGGUCCACGGGGAUCCUCCUCCCACUGUGCGGUGGCGGCGAGAGGACGGGGAACUCCCCCGUGGGAGGUUUGAGAUUCACAACGGCAACAGCCUGCGCUUAUUCGGCGUGAAGGAGCAAGACGAGGGGGCGUACACCUGCACGUCUGAGAACAGCGUGGGCAAGACCGAGGCCUCGGCCAUGCUGCAGGUGCACGUGCCGCCCCAGAUCGCCGGCAAGCCCCGGGACCAGGUCGCCUCCCAGGGGAGGAGCGUCGCCUUCCAGUGCGGCACCACAGGGAACCCCCCGCCUGCCAUCUUCUGGCAGAAGGAGGGCAGUCAGAUGCUGCUGUUCCCCGGACAACCGCCGUCACAGUCGGGUCGUUACUCGGUCUCCAUGAGCGGCGAGCUGACCAUUACGGACAUCCACCCGGAGGACUCGGGCUUCUACAUCUGCCAGGCCAUCAGCGUGGCGGGGAGCGUGCUGAGCAAGGCGCUGCUGCAAGUGGAGGGAGGACCUUCCGGCCGCAUCCCGCCGAUCAUCCGCCAAGGCCCGGCCAAUCACACGGUGUCCCGGGGCGCCACGGCUCACCUGCACUGCCACGUCAUCGGGGGACCCUCGGUAAAGAUUUCCUGGGAGAAGAACGGAGAAAGAAUCGAGGGGAAUAAAGCGCGUCAGACCUUGGUGGAGAACGGCACUUUGGAGAUUAGAGACAUACAGGAAGCAGACUCAGGCGUGUACACGUGCGUCGCUUCCAGCCCCACGGGGGAGUCGAGCUGGAGCGCCACGCUGACUGUCAGAGAAGGCGGGCUGUCCUCCAUCUCCAAAAUAUCCGAGUUCAUCCAGCUGCCGGGUCCCCCGCAGAAACCGGUGGUGACUGAUGUCACCAGGGACAGUGUCACCCUCACCUGGCAGUCCAACCCGCACGAGGGCGGGGCCGCCGUCACCUCCUACAUCAUUGAGGCCUUCAGCCAAUCGGUGGGCAGCACCUGGCAGACGGCAGCCGACCAAGUGAGGCACGAGCGGCACACCGUCGUUGGACUCUUCCCGAACACAGUUUAUCUUUUCAUCGUCCGAGCGGUCAACUCGUACGGCCUCAGUGACCCCAGCCCCAUCUCCGAGCCUGUCAGGACGCAAGAUGGCAGUCCGCCAGAAAGUGGGCUGGACCACAGGCAGGUGCAGAGGGAACUCGGCGAGGUGUCUGUCUACCUUCAGAAACCCGUCGUCCUGUCUCCCACCAGUGCCAAGAUUUCUUGGAGUGUUGGCCGCCAUUCCCGCUACGUUCAGGGUUACCGCGUGUUUUACCGCACCAUCGGCAGCUCCUGGUUGGUCCGAGAUGCGGAGGCGGCGUCGGAGCACAGCACCAUCUUGAUAGAUCUGCUCAGCAACACAGAGUACGAGGUCAAGAUACGGCCGUACUUCAACGAGCUGCAGGGGCACGACAGCCUCAUGGUGUUGCUGCGCACCCCGGAGGAAGUGUUAAGCGCGGCGCCACAGGCGGUGUCGGUGGUGCAGCUCGCCAACAGCUCCAGCCUCAGCGUGUCCUGGGAGCCGCCGCCUCACAGCGCUCAGAGCGGCAUCAUCCGGGAGUACAAGGUGUGGUGUGUGAGCAGCAGCCUGGACCAGGACGACCACAUAAACCGAACAGUGGACGGGUCUGUUCUGUCCAUCCUGCUGAGUGACCUGCUGCCCGAUGUCCGCUACACCGUCACGGUGGCCGCCGUCACCCGCCUGGGUGUUGGCGAGCAAAGCCCGCCCGUGGACCUUCUUCUCACUCUACAGGGGGUCAACACAUUAACGCCCGUGAGGAACGGCGGCGGCGAUGUCAGCAUUUCGGAGCAGAUCACCAUCGUGGUGCGCCAGCCGGCCUUCAUCGCCGGGCUUGGCAUGGCUGCCUGGCUGGCACUGAUGGGCUUCAGCCUUUGGUUCUACUGCCGCCACCGCAGGAGGAAGCAGCUUGGCCACUACACCACCUCCUUCGCCUACACCCCAGCAGUUGGCUUUGCUCACGGCGAAGGAUCUGGAAUCAUUAAUGGAGGGCCUAGCAUGUUGGGAUCAAAUAUUGGUAACUUCCCUUGGCUGGCCGACUCGUGGCCCACUCCCAACCUGAUGCACGGCAGCAAAGACUCCAUCAACUGCUGCUCUGGCCAUCUAGACUCAGAGAAAUACUACAACGCUGUGGGUCUGGCCAACUACCACGCGGAGAAACCCCACGAGAGUCCCGUCUACAGCACCAUCAACACGGCGGCCGAGGAGGACCUGCUCACCUACUAUGACACCUACUCCAGCGCCUCCUACAACCAGGGGCCCGACCCGUACAGCAGCAACACAGCACUGUCUAGCGGUGGCCUUGUGGGCCUGGAGCAGGACCUGGACCAGUGGACCAUCCAGUCUGGCCAUUCCACAUCGGAGUACGCCAAGCUUCAGUACUCCAAGAAAAACAAUGACAAGCUGCCGAAGCAAAGAGCUACCGGCUCCGGGUGCAAGUCAGCGCCGCUCACCUGGGUGGACGUGCUGUCGCUUCCUCUGCCCGCCAACAAGGACGGCGGUCAGCCAGAAACACAGGAGGAGGAGCAGCACAGCUCUGGGGAGGAAGAUGACGACUGGUGUCCCCCGCUGCCGGCCAGGACCUACCUAAUGGAACCUUCCACCAGCCACCAGUCGGCCUGUAGCCCACCGCCCCAACCAGGCGAGCUGUCGCACUCGGCCUCCCCUCAGCGAGACACGCUCAAGCCCGGCGGCAGUCCACGACUGCAGCACAUCGACCUCAUGGCCCGGCACCACUCCCAGGUCUCCCAGUCCAACCCGGAUCUAUUCACCAAGACCUGCGACGCCGCUGAUGUGUACCACACCAGCCAAUGGGGAAACAGCCUCUGCAAAGGACAAUCUCUUGCUCCGGUCGGCGAUUUGAGCCCCGCAGCCCAAGCACAGAGAUCCAGGAGUAAGAAGAAACUCCCCAGGGACGGGCAACUCAGACGAGAGCUCCACAACCAAGCAGAGCUGCCCCCACCUCCGGCGCCUCCCCCCGUCGACAACACCCGGCCGCUGCCAGGCGACGCUCCGACCCAAAAAGAAGGCGGCGACUCGCCCGGUCCCCGGCAGCGAGACGACUAUCUCUCCCCUCACAGGAGAGCCGCUACAAAAUGGUCGUCGCAGGAUGAGAAUGUAAUCCAGCACGGGCCAUACCACCAGAUGCCAGCCUACGGAUCUCUGGGCGGAGUCUUCACCAGGUCACCCAUCUCUGGACGGAGGAGGGACGAGAACGUCAUGUGAGCCGAUGGGCUAGGACGUGUUCUCCAUCCUCCAUCUCCGUGAACCACCGGUCAGUCCCCCGCAUCGAAAACUGAAAGCUUUUCCAUUAGAAGUCUUUUGUAAGAUGUCCCAACUCAGAUCUUUUCACCACUCCAAAAGUGUUUAGUCCACCCGUUCCAAAAAAAAAAAAAAAGUGUACAUAUGGAUCAUCUCCCUCUAAUCAAUAGCCACUAUGAAACUCUGCAGGCUUGUUGUGUGUGUUUAAAUCUGCAUGUCUGCAGCCUUGCUUCCUGCAGCUGCACAUUCUAGUGUGUUCCACUGUGGUCGCUGCAACACAACACAACAUUCUUCCUCAUGAACCUUCUUCUGACGCCAUCUUUAGCGUUUUAAAAGCUGCACAAUCUGCGUUGUCUGUGUGCCAAAGUCAGUGACGUGUCAGAUACAUUUGUGAGUCCUCUGCUGCUACACAAACACACAAAGACACACACUUUGACUUUCUGCUGUCCAUUAUUGAAGCAACACUACGACGCUAUUGUUAGACAACAGCGGCCCCUGCUGUCUAAAGUGUGAAUUACCAUCACACAACUCAUUAUUUUAUUGUGAACUGA